AUGGGGACUCCUGCAGGCCUGCAGACUGACUGCGAGGCGCUGCUCAGCCGCUUCCAGGAGACCGAUAGCGUGCGCUUCGAGGACUUCACGGAGCUCUGGAGGAGCAUGAAGUUCGGGACCAUCUUCUGUGGUAGAAUGAGAAAUUUAGAAAAGAACAUGUUCACAAAAGAAGCAUUAGCUUUGGCUUGGCAAUAUUUUUUACCGCCCUACACCUUCCAGAUCAGAGUUGGUGCUUUGUAUCUGCUAUAUGGAUUAUAUAACACCCAGCUGUGUCAACCAAAACAAAAGAUUAGAGUUGCCCUGAAAGAUUGGGAUGAAGUCUUAAAAUUUCAGCAAGAUUUGAUAAAUGCACAACAUUUUGAUGCAGCUUAUAUCUUUAGGAAACUGCGACUAGACAAAGCAUUUCACUUUACAGCAAUGCCCAAAUUGCUAUCAUAUAGAAUGAAGAAGAAAAUUCAACGAGCUGAAGUUACAGAAGAAUUUAAGGACCCAAAUGAUCGUGUAAUGAAACUUAUCACUUCUGAUGUGUUAGAGGAAAUGCUGAAUGUUCAUGAUCAUUAUCAGAACAUGAAACAUAUAAUUUCAGGUGAUAAAUCCAAUCCAGACAAAGCCCUCAGCUUGAUAAAGGAUGAUUUUUUUGACAAUAUUAAGAACAUAGUUUUAGAGCAUCAGCAGUGGCACAAAGACAGAAAGAAUCCAUCCUUAAAAUCAAAAGUUAAAGAUGGAGAAGAAAAGAGAGAAGGAAAUUCACAAGAAUCAGAGAGAUGUGAAAGGGCAGAAUCCUUAGCGAGAAUAAAAUCAAAGGCCUUUUCAGUUGUUGUUCAGGCAUCCAAGUCAAGAAGGCACCGUCAAGUCAAACUUGACUCUUCUGACUCUGAUUCUGCAUCUGGUCAAGGACAGAUCAAAGCAACUAGGAAAAAAAGAAAUAAAGAAACAUUGAAAUCAGCAGGAAGGAAGAUGUCUUCCAAAAACAGAGAUGACAUGCAGAAUGUACAUAAAGAAGAUAAAUCUUUAAGGCUGAGUAUGCCUGUAAUUACAGAAGAAGAAGAGGACAAUGAAAGUUUUAGUGAAACAGAGUUCACAGCACCCAAGAGGAAAAGAAAAUCCAGAACAAAGAACCUGGUGUAGAGUUCUUAAUUUUGAC